AUGAGCCUCCAGACCCCACCCAGACUCCUGGAACUGGCGGUGCAGAGCCUGCUGAGGAAGGAAGCCAUGGCCAACUCUGCUCUGGAGGAGCUGCCCACGGAGCUCUUCCCACUCCUGUUUAUGGGGGACUUCACCAGGAAAUGCAGUGAGACCCUGAAGGUGAUGCAGGCCUGGCCCUUCCUCUGCCUCCCUCUGGGCUCCCCGAUGAAGAGACCUCAACUGGAGAUCUUACAAGCUGUCCUGGAAGGGCUUGAUGUGUUGCUGGCCCAGGAAGUUUGCCCCAGACGCUGGAAACUCUAAGUACUGAAUCUGGUGAAUGUUGAUGAGAACUUCUGGAGCGUAUGGUCUGGAGCUCUUACAUAGUCACCCAAGGCGAUGAGUAAGAGACAAACUGUGGAGAACUGCCCAAAGAUGGGAAGGAUGCUGUCCUUGAAGCUCAUGACCCUCAGCUUCUGUGGGAACCCCAUCUCCAUGACUGCCUUGGAGAGCCUGCUAUGCCACACCAUUGGGCUGAGCAAGGUAAGCCUAGGGCUGCAUCCUUUCCCCCCAGAGUGUUAUUAUGCCCAGGGUGUUCUCCACCGAAGGAGACUUGCCCAGCUUGGGGCUGAGCUGUAG